CGUGCCCGCCGGGCUGGCGGCGGCGGCGGCGCCUCCCCCGGUCGGCGGCCCCCGCCUCCCCCCGCCUCAGCGCCUUAAAUGCCUCGGCCGCGGCGGCGGCAACAAAGGCGGGCGGCGGCCGUGAGUGAGGGGCCGGCCGAGGGUCGGCGGCUAGAGAACUCAAUUAAAAGGGACAUGGGAGGAUGAAGAUUUGCAUGGAGAGCCCAGAUGUGAUGCCUGUGGUGGAAUCUCCUACAGCUCUUACCUGGCAAUCUGCUGCUGCCUGGAAGGGAUUGACAGGAACCUCUGUGGAUAGCAAAGGAACCUGGAGAUGAAGCACUGCAGUCCUUUGGCUGUUGGCCUCGAGGAUGAUGAGCAUCAUGGGAGCCAGUGCAGUGACUGUUGCUGAUGCUGUUGCUCCCUUUCUCUCGCUCAUGGAAAAGCUAACUUGAUAGGACCACUUUUAGAAGUAACUGCAAAUCACAGUGAUAUUUUGGAAAGAAACCAAGAAUUGCUAGAAGCAAACCUUCUCUGCUUAUAUGUUUACAAAAUCAUGAUACACACAGUUGAAUUAACAGGCUGGGCUAAACUUGGCUCCAGAGGGACAGACUUUUAGCUUGGAAAGUGUUUUAUCACCUUUCAUCUGGGGUAUCCAGCAUGUGGUUGUGAACAUGCAGAGAGGGAAGCCUUGAAUUUUCAAGGUUUUUCUGAGAUUGCUCACCAGGCACCUCAGAAAAAGCCACCCUAAGCUGUCGUGGGAUGAGAGGGUUCCUGUCCUGGAUUGGUGGCUGCCUAGCAGGUAUUUCUUGAACUCUUCAGCACAUCACAGAACUGUUGUUUUGGGAUAUCCUGCUUAAGCCCUCGGAGGAAAAUCUGCCAACAGCCAAAAAUGACUUGAGUUGGAGAGCUGCAUCUUUAUUCACAGGGGAAGCUUCCAGUGUCCCAUCUGGGGAUGCACCGUGCACUAUGGUUCACAUCAAUGUGUUGAAAAAGUUCAUGUGUGUUCUUGUGGUGAUCCUGGUAGCACUGACAGUUUGCCUGUGGAGAGAAACCAGAAGAAGCUACUAUGAUCCUUUGAAGACCAGGAAUGAUGAUUUGCAGGGGCACAGGAGUUUGGAGAAAUGGAACACUGUUAAAUCACAAGGCCUUUUCCAUGAAGCAGCCAGUGAACUGGGGCAGGUAUCCAAACUGUGGCUUGGUACGCAAAACAAAGUAAAAGGCAGCACUUCUGAAACAGCUGAAAAGUCCAAGAAAGCAGCCUUUGGGAAGGUAUGGGAUAAGGACAGCUCAUCCAGGAAUCUCAUACCCAGGCUGCAGAAGGUCAGGAAAAACUACCUGGCCAUGAACAAGUACAAUGUGACUUACAACGGGAAGAGGAAUGCCAAGCUCAGCCCAGAGAAGUUGCUGUGCCAGCUGCGGGACAGAGUCAAUGUGAGCAUGAUCCAGAGGUCAGAUGGUCCUUUUGGUACCUCUGAGUGGCAGCAGUACCUGCCAGGGAAAAGCCUCAGUGAAGCAGUGGGACACCUGGGUCGCUGUGCUGUCGUGUCCUCAGCGGGGUCUCUGAAAUCAUCUCACUUGGGACAAGAGAUAGACAGCCACGAUGCCGUCCUGCGGUUCAACGGGGCUCCUGUCAGGGGCUUUCAGGAUGAUGUGGGGCAGAAGACAACAGUUCGUCUUGUCAAUUCCCAGCUUGUAACUGUUGAAGAGCAGCAGUUCCUGAGGGAACCAUUAUAUAACACUGGAAUCUUAAUUGUCUGGGAUCCAGCACCAUAUCAUGCAGAAAUUCGUGAGUGGUACAGAAAACCAGAUUACAACUUUUUUGAAAGCUAUAAGGCGUAUCGUAGAGCACAUCCAGAGCAGCCCUUCUAUAUCCUGAAUCCCAAAAUGCAGUGGCAACUCUGGGACAUUCUGCAGGAGAAUUCCCUGGAGCAUAUUCAGCCUAAUCCACCAUCAUCAGGAAUGCUCGGCAUUGUGCUCAUGAUGACGCUGUGUGACCAGGUGGAUGUGUACGAGUUCCUCCCCUCCAAGCGGCAGACAGACAUCUGCCACUAUUACCAGAAGUUCCACGACCACGCCUGCACCAUGGGAGCCUACCACCCCCUCCUGUUUGAGAAGAACCUGGUGAAGCACAUGAACCAGGGCACGGAUGAGGACAUCUACACUCAUGGCAAAGUCACCCUGCCUGGCUUCCGGAAAGUGCAUUGCUGACAGAUUGGUUUUACUGGGUUUAGUUUUCCUUGACUUUCGAAGCACUUUUUAAAUCAGGGUUGUCAGAUUUGUUAGGUCUAAGCACUGGUGUGUUUUGACAGCUCUUCCAUGUAGCAAGGCUUGCUCUUAGGACUUUGUUGACCAACUCUGAGCUGUAAGGCUCUCUGUGGUACAGCCGCUGACCUGCAUGAGUCCCUGCAAUAAAUGGACUCCCAGUGGAGCCAGGCUCUUGCAGCAUGUGGAUACCUCUGGCUUCAUCUCAGCUGUGACGGGGUAGGGGAGGCACAGCAGAGCCUUUCUAAGCAGAGAUUGCACAAGUCAGGAUCAUACUAUGAACAUAGUUCGGUUUGCUUCAAAGGGGCUGUGACAGCCAAAAACCUGGGCCAUUGGGAAACAUGAAAAUUUGUUUAAUAUUUGUUCCUAUAGUCAGGGGCUCUUCAGAUUAGGGAUGAUUUAUGGAAAUGCUGUCAAGCUGUGUAAUGAUAAGCGACACUUCUAAUCCAAAAUGUUUGAUUUUAUAAACAGUCUGUGAACUUCCUUCCAAAUUGUAAGACUUCUGAAACCACUCAGGUGAUAUUUUUGGCAAAGGAAGAGGAAAGCAAUUCAUAAUUCAAUGAAUAAUGAAUCUUGCAAGACUUUUUAAUCUUCUUUUUUUUUUUAUAAUUUAAAAUAAAUUUUAGUAAUCAUUUACUUUUCCAGUACAGUGCUGGGCUUGGUACAGAAGAACCCUUAUUAUCAGAAAGGUUUUGGGAAGAUGCUCCAAGGCACAAAUGGGAGAAUGCACUGGAAGUUGGUGCCUUUUUCCAGCUCUCUGCUGCUCUGCCUUUGCAAUUGUUGAAUUACUUGCUGUACCCAUUAACACAAACACCACAGAGCUGCUGCUAGAUGAGUUCCAGCCCUCUGCAGGCCAACAGAGGGGAUCUCUUGACUGCUGUGUGCUUUUCUGCAUAGGUGAGGAGCAGGUUUGCCACUUCCAUACUUGAGGAGUGGUGGGGAGGGAGAGUGUGCUCUGCUUCUCAUGCUGAAACACAGGCAGAGCUGAGGAGGGCAGCUUCUUCUGCUCCAGGGACUCCUGUGGCUGCAAGGUGGAAGGGAUAGCUCUGCAAUCUCAGGGUGUUGGUGAGAACACCUUCCCUGUCUUCUGUACUUGUGUGUUUCAUCAGGUCUGUAAAGAAAGCUUUCUCCCAUUUUGAAUAAAUCCUGUGAAGUCA